AUGUCUGUGGAACAACCAAACACAGAGCCCACCGAGUUGGUCACUUCUCUAUUCCCAGAUAAGCCGUUCAAAAACUUCUCAAUUGUCUGGACCAACGCACAAAUAAGCGUCAGAGUGUCCCAACAAGGGACCAAUGCCUUUGAACCGAAACCUGGUCGCAUCGCAUAUAUCGGGAUCUCUAAAGUCAGGUCAGGACAAACUAAGGCUGACAAUAGUAUUGCUUAUGAUAGGUCGGAAUCGGGUCGAAAUAGCCUGGAUAAUUCAGAAGAGUCGAAUGAUGAUAUGUAG